UUCAUUUCCUUUAGUACGUAAUUAAUUAAAAGUUAACGAAAAAAAAAAACAAUUUUAAUAGUAAAUAGUGCAUAAAAAUGAGUUUUUCAACGUAUUUAGAAGAUUUUGCAUGUGCACAGCAAGCUGGCUGCAACCACUGUGCUAAGAGAGCGCCACAUUCCAUCAACUGCCCUCAGACUUGUGUGAGAGACCUUAACUGCCACCCAAAACCACCCCCUGCCGGUGCAUUGGUACACUGGUGCUCGCAAAUGUGCGUUCACGUCGUGAAUAUGUGUGUACAAGCACACACAAAGUGUAACCAGCAGAUGACUUGCUGUGGCACCAAAACAAGCGCAUACAGCGCACAGUUAAAGGUACGUUACUUUCUUCGAACAACCACCGAUUGCAUUUGCUGUAACCCAUUCCAGUGAAGCAUAGUCUUUUCCAACACUGCUAUUUCACCAGCUCGGAUUUUUGAGCACCGCCACACCACCACCAUCAUCAUCAUCAACAACAACUGCGUUAUAAACAUAGGAACACAACAUUCACCACCCCCUGCCUAUAUGCACAUGUGUGCCUGUUGUUGUGGCUGUUGUCGUUGUUUUGCCGGUCUGUGUUGUUGGAGGAUAUCAACUUCGGCAAUUGUAUGGCUAUCGCGCAGCGCCGAAGCAAUGUUUUCAUCACGUUUCGUCGUCACUGACUCUAGCACUGGCUCGGAUUUAUGCUUUGGCGUGCGUGGUGUAUCCUAGUCGAUGUUAGUAAGUUGCCGUAAUUGGACGUGGGUGAAUUGAAGAACGGUUGAGCGGUUGUUUUCGUUUUACUCGGUAUUUAUAAUACGCGUUGACGAUGGUGCGACGAAGCCAUUGAUAUACAUUUACUAAACGGCAUAGUGAGUCUCGUGUGUUGCAUUUUGAUGAUGCGAGCAUUAUUGGCAAUUAAGAAUAUUAAAUAUUUGCUUGUUAAUACAUAUUUCGCGCGUCGGCGACUUUCAGCAAGUGACAGCAUUGACAAUAAAUAUGCAACAACAAAAAUUGUGCAGUGAAUAUAAAAUUGAAUAUAUCGUGGAAAGCGUGGUAAAUAGUAAUUUGAAUUGGAAGCAAAAGACUUUCAACAUAAAAUAACAUACUUAAGGCUUUUGUCAUUUAUGAUAAAAACAAUGUAAAGCGAAUUGUUUAUUAAUUAAAAUAAAAAUUAAGAAAGUAUUUGUUGUUUAUAAGCAAAUCUUAUUGGAUAACUGGGGUAAACUUAUCUAAUAUAAAGUGAAAAAGCAAAAACUUACCAAAAUUACUAAAAAAGGAAUGAAAAACAUAAAAUUGUGUAAGUUUUGUGUAAUCUCCGAAAUUCGUUAAACUAAAAUAUAAGUAAAUAAAAUAGUGUUAGUGAACAGAUUAAAUGUAAUAAAUAAAAAAAUAUUUAUUCUAGUGCUUAAAAAUAUUUAUGUGGUAAAGAAUAAGAAAAAAUGUGUGUUUAGUGAAUUAUAAUGAAGGAGGAUGCAGAUAUAUUUAUGCAGUUACCAAUAAUAUAUAAAUAAGCUGGGAUAAAAGUUUUGGCAGUAAAUUUAAUACAGCGUAUUAACGGGGCUUAAAUCAUUGUAAGCUGCUGUAGACGGCUAUGCGCCAGCGCCGUGCGCCACCAUACACUGCACUGCGUGUGGCUGGAAAAUCGUUGAACGUACAUCAAAUGAAUUUUAAAUGUUAAAACAAUCACUUUUAAUCUAAAAUAAAGUGCGAGGAUAAAGUGUGAAUGCAAAGUGAAAAAUAAUAAACGAAAAAAUACAAUAUAUAACGGUAUAUAAAUACACGAAUCUAUGAGUGCGCGUGGCAAGCGAUUGCAAAUAAUAAAUGAAACGCAAUAAAAUUGCAAAAAAGAAAUAAAAUCAAAUAAAAAAAUAAAAAUAAAAGUGAAGAAAAAUACGAAAUUACAUAGAAAGUGGGUGGAAAAUCGAAAUCAAACAAAACAUAAAAUUAAAUUAAACGCAUAAAAACAAACGACAUUCUGCGCUUAAUCCCAUUCGUAGCAGCAAAAUCCACGCCUGUCAUUUCACGAGGAUUAACACAUCACAGACGAGUGGCAGUCGCAUAGGCGCUUACAGCAAAGGUGCUUGUGUUUUCGCAGCGCAGGAUAACGCAAGUAUAUAAGCACACACACGCAUACACUUUCCGCUGCACAUCUACAUUUAUAGACAGACGCGCCUUCGAUUUGGUGAGCGGAAAUUGCUCGCUUGUCACAAGUCAACAAAAAGUUGGUCUUCGCCACACAGGCGGGCAUACAUAUAACGGGGCACACCAAUCAUCAUGCAUUCACCUGAAAAAUACGCACUAAUUUUCAAAUAGUUGGCAAUAAAAUCGCUGAAUGCGAGGAAUGCAAUCGCUGCGCACGCCAAAUUAGUCCACAUUUUUUGCGCUACGCCAGCAGUCCACGGCGCUACAGCUACAGCCGCCAACACCAGCACCACCAUCCUCAGCUACCAACGGUACAUGCAUCUUGAGUCUACACCACACAUACUUUUGCGCACUGCCACUUCGACUAUCACUUUUAUCUACUCUACUAAAAGUGUUUAGUUACCGCGCAACGAAAACUUGCUCCUUUGCAAGGACGUUUCUCUUCGGUACGCGCGUACGAAGCUCGUAAAAGACUAACUGUAGAGCCAAGCUGGAGCGAGAGACGCGAGGGUGCAGGCGGUGCGGAGGCAACUUUCGACAAAAGUUGAAGCUGCAAAGAUUUUUGGUUAUUUACGAAUUUUGUUGAUUUGUUGAUUUCGAGGAUUGAAAGUUGUGGCAUUAGCAAAUCAGGGCAGGAGACGACACGACGACACAACGAAGGCGCCAACACAAUUGCGAACAAGCGUAAAAAGGAGCAAGAAAAAAGUCAACACAAUCAAAAGAAGUGAUAAAACACAAGUAGCAAGUGGGUGUAGGAAAAGAAGAAGCUGCAGCGAACAGAGCGGAGGCGAUUGACAUAAGAAAGAGAAAGAGAUAGAGAGAGUGCGAGGGAGUAAAGGACGCCAGCGGUGGCUUUGUGGGUGGAAAGUUUGCGCAACAAACGAAAACCGAGCCACUGUGGCUGCAGCCAGCAACAGUAGUUGAAUUUGCGGCCGAGGAAAACUCAAUUGUAGUUGGCGUUAGCGCAAUUGUUGUUGUAGUUGAAGGCUCCAGCACUAAAAUCAAAUAAUCAAAGCAAACAUUGAGGCUGUAAUAACAAGACAAGCUGGAGGACACGAGCGCCAGCUGCAGCAACAGCCGCUACACGCCAGCAUAAUAGUAAAACUAGUAGCAGCAACAACAACAACAAAUGCCAACAACAGCUACAACAAUGUUGGCUACUAAAGCAGCGCCGAAAGAUGAGCAGCGGCAAAGAUCAAAGCAUUAAAUAGCCAAAGAAGUUGCAGGCACGAGCCAUAGAGCAGCAGUUGGAAUACAAAAAAGCGGAAGAAGAAGAAGCGGAGGAUUAAGUAGUGACUCCACAACAAGAAGAAGAACAACAAGCUGGCUUGCGGCACAAAAAAACAGAGCGCGUGCAGCGUGGCGGCGAACGAGACGGCAGUGCGGCGGCAGGCGAGAGGCCAGCACAACCGCCAGACGAACGCCAUUGCAGCAACAAUAACAAAAACACGCACAACAAACAAUUUGUGCAGCAUUAGAGCAACAGCAACAGAAACGGUAGUAGUGGCAGUGACGGCGACGGACGCGUAUGCAAUCAAGGAGCAUAGAAGAAUGUGCACGAAGACCGUUGAGUCGCAACAGCAGCAGCGCCACAAAUGCACGGAUGAGCAAUGCGAUGACAGCAGGGACAACAAAAACCGACUACGACAACAACAGCAACAGCAUAAUGCCAAUGACUGCGACGUGGAAGUUGUUCAAGAGCAAAAAGCCAAACGAGCACACAAAACACUCGUGCGCGAAACGCAGCAGCAGCAGCUGGAGUCAACGCCAGAACGAGGGCUGGCGCGUGACAAAAGGCUAUGGCCGUCAAUGUGCGGCAGCGGCAGUGGCAGCGGCGCACGCUGUCGUCGUGCAGGAAUCAAGUGGAAAAUUAUAAUAUCAACAAUAAUUUUGCUAUUAUGCCGCACAAGUCACGUGCUCGCCAUACGAAAGGGUCGUCUCAUGUCCCCGAGCUCAUUCACUGCCCUAAGCGGAGAUCUACACGUACAGAUACAAUUCAGCGGCGAAGAUGUGGCAGUCGGCAAUGCUGUUGGGGGCGUGGCAGGAGUUGGGGCCAAAGAUGGCGUUGAAGUGGCGGCUGAUGAAGCAAACGUGCGGAGUACAACAACAAUAACGUCAACCACUGUGGGCAGGACAACGUCGACAGCAACAAUGACGACAACGUCGUCAACGACAUCACGCACGACACAGCCAUUAGAUGGGUUGGGUUUCCGUCAAGUGGGUGUCGUCGGCGGCGGUGUGGGCGUCGUGGAGAAUACCAUUACAAGCACUUUGGUAAUUAGUAAAAUCAUUGACGAUUUUGUGGAUGCAAUGGAUGCGGCGUCGGGUAAUGAUACAGCGCGUGCAUAUGUGGAGCAUGCACAGUUCAAUAGCAGCUUAACGAGCAGUUCGAGUGCGGAAGUGACAACGCCAGCAGCGUCCAAUGACACCCACAAUCAGUCGGCGCGGCCAACCAAAGUGUUGCAGCGGCGCCGCAAAGAAAUCGUGCAGAAUAUACCGGUCUUCCCCGAUCCGCGCCAUAAUGUCACACAAAUCUCGGUGCCCUGCCAGACUUUUACACGUGGCGGCCUGUACGAAAUGCAGGUGGUUACUAAUUUAAAGACUACAACGCCAGUUGCUGCAGUGAAUGCCAGUGCUCACGAGCCACUGCCCACAAUGACCACCACCACGCUGAUGCCGGUCAUCGAUGAGCGUUUGCGUCAGACGCUAGACGUGCGAUGGCCCAGCGCCGACAUGCAAGUGACGCCGACGCGCUUGCGCACUUACCCCGAACAACCGGUCGAGGUCGUGCUACGCUUUCCCGAAGUCAACUGUGAGCGCGCUUGGCACGAGAGCAGCUCGCUGGAUUUGCCGCAAUUUUGGUUGGAGCUCAUCUAUUGCGGUAAGCAACGCAGCUGCAGCGACGUGUCGCCACAAAAUGUCAGCAAAUCGAGCAUUUUAUAUAUGGAGCAAGUACGCGGCUACCCGAAGCAUAAGCUCGUGCAAUUGGGUUGCGAACUCUUCGGUUUGGCCGGCAAUUAUGCGGUUCAGUUGCGUCCGAUGGUGCCAGCGCCGAAUGUGCCCAUCACACGUCGUUUUCUCAGCGUCGAUUGGAGCGAUAAAUUUGUGUUUAAUGUUUAUGCGCGCAGCAUCUUUCCUUGCGAUCCGCAUACGGGCAUCGGUGUGCUGUACGAGUAUCCAGGUUGUAUACUGGAGCAAGGUGAUCGCGUGCGCGUUUUUGCAAAGUUGCGCGCUGAUGUGGCAUCGCUGAAACCGCCCACUACGCUGCACUAUGUCGCCGAGCAGCGUGUGGUGAAGAGUCAUCAUUCACUUUACUUCAGCUGUGACCUAUUUACCGAGAAGUUCGUCGAGUACUGCUUCGUCUAUGUGAGUCAAGCCAUAUCGGGUGCGGUAGCGGACGUGCGAAUGGAUUGUGUGCCCACAUUGCCAGUUAGUGACUCCGACACUGGCGGCUGGGGGCCGUGGAGCGAAUGGACACCAUGCUCGACGAAUUGUCUGGGUGGCACGCGUAAUCGUUAUCGAUUUUGUGACUCACCCCCACCGCGUUAUGGCGCUAAAUUCUGUGAGGGUCCCUCAGUGCAGACUGAAAAAUGUGGCAACGCCAUCGCCGAUACUUGGGACUGCAUUUACGAAAGCAGCGGCGCCACCUUUACUGCCGCUAAUCGCACCGAGGUCAGUCAAGAGAUUGGGCCCGGCUGUCGUUGUGGCUGCAUUGUACAUUUGGGCUCGUCAAAGCCGAAGCGCAUUUUAGCAGGCGCCACACAAAGCUGUCCGGGUCGCUCGUUUUGGCUUAUACAGGUGGAUGGCGAGGAGAAUAUUGCGCUGAGUUUGAACUUUUUGCGCUUGCCCUGUCCGGCGCAGUACAUCAAAGUACGUGACGGUCCGUCGCUCUCAUCGACGUUGCUCAUUGAAUUGAACGGCGGAAGUAAUUUAAAUAUGCCAACACAAAUAGAAUCGAGUGGCGCGCAAUUGUUGCUGGAGUUCUACGCGGGCGAGGCGAGCGAUGUGCAAGCGUCCGCCAACGGCCAAAGCAACAACAACAACAGCGGCACCAAUACGGUGGCGGGCAGCGUUAAUGCCGCUUGCACCGGUGGCUUUUUGGCGAAUGUCGAACAAAUUGCAGCGCGCAAUGAGACAACAACUACUUUACUGGCCGCAGCCACCAGCAGAUUGUCGGCAAAGAAUCGCAACGUUUCGCAGAAGCCAAAAUUUAGUCGUUCGAAAUUUACGUUGGUCCACUUGAGUGCGGUGGUCUUUGCCAGCAUCAUUAUCUUGAUCAGCGCCUUGUUGGGUGCGCAAUAUGUUGUACGUUAUCGCAAGUACCAUUUGGCAGUGGCGCGUCGUCGUGAUGAAGGCUCUCGCCUGCACACGCCACGCGCCUCAAUGAGCUCUUUGCAAGGACCGCCAUCACGCGCCAUUUCGACUACCACGCUGCUAUCGGAGGUCAUCUAUUUGGUGAAGAUGCGUCCGAAACAUCAGUUACGUCACUCCAUUUUGCGGGAGAGCGUCGAUGCGGAGAAUUUGGCGCGCGAAACGGAAUUCAAUGACCCCGAAGAAGAAGAGGAUGCCAAAACGACGACACGCAUGGUAAAGUGCGAUGAAGAGCGUGGCAGCAACAGCUCAGUUGUCACUUUGCGCAAUGAAAUCUCACAAUCGCCUGAAUCUGUGAGUGGCAUCAGUCGGUCGCCUUCACUAGAGGAGGGUUUGGGCUCUACUACGGGCGCCGGCGAGACAAGCGGCAUUUUUAGUGGCACACUAACACGCAAGGACAGCGGCAAGGACACCGAGUCGAUCAUUUCGUCAGGCAUGAGUUCGAUUUGCGCCAGUCCACCUAUCAGACAUAGCAGUCGCUUCAACCGUUAUGGGCCCUCGGGCACAUUGAUGCCGCAUUCAGCACAACACUUAGACCAAACGACGCUUAGUGAUCGCGACUCAUUGCGUUCGUCGCUGCGCGAAUACGUGUCACGUUGUGCGAGCGCUUCGCUGACAAAUGGCUGCUAUUCACCAGCUGCAAGCGUCGUCAGCACAGCCACCAUACGUACCACCAAUCCUAAGGAGAGCAAAGAGAAGCAGAACCGCAAAAAGUUACUCGCACGACCCGGUUCCGAAUUUUCACUGGGCAAUCAGGAAGAGCUCGAGCUCGAUUACUACGAUUACAAUGUGAUAAAUGCCGGCGCAGCACCGGGUUCCUAUUUGGGUAUGGAUCCGGCGCAACUGAUCUGGGUACCACCGCUUGAGGUGAUCACCGAUCUGCGCGAUGAGGAUGAUAAAACGCCUGAGCCCAUGCCGGAGCCCGACGAGACUGAACCGCUCUAUGAGGAGAUCAAAAUGCCGCGUUAUGGGCAUUAUUUGAGCGCGCGCAGCAACACAGAGUCGAGCGCCAACACCACCAGCAAUACAACACCCUCAUCCGAUGAGCUCUCGCCACUCAGCAGUCAACUGCAAUCGAAGGCCUCCUCGCCCACCGCCGAAAUGAAUCUAAAGAACACAUUGCUGCAGCAAAACAUAUCCACAAGCGCGGCCAGUAAACAACCCACACCCUACUUUUCGCGCAAGCAACGUCGCCACGCCAAACAGCAAUCACGUUCCACCACUUCGCUACGCAGCGGCGCACGUGAUGUCGUCAUACAAAUGCAACAGUUGUGCAGCACCAAAUCCGCACGUAACAUACGCAGCUCUCCAACAGUAUCGGUGGAAGCGGCGGACGCGGUAUCGGCGCAUGCAACACCGCGUGGCUCACCCGAAAUACCCGCUGUAUUGGUGAAUUCCAUCACCGACUCCAUGACCGAGUCCAUGACGGGCUCUUAUGUGGAGAAAGAAACUUUAGUCGAGAAGAAGACAUCGCCAGAAUUAAGCGACGGCCUACUCGGCUUAGACGACAUACAGUUCGCCGAUGAGAGCGAAAGCGAUCACGAUAUGUCCAAGCAAAAGUGCAGCAAAUACGAGCAGGUGAAGCCGAAAACGGCAACCUCAAUCAAAGCGCGCAUGCAGCACUCCUCAACGGUGGCGGCAAAAUUGAAGCGUGUCAGCGCCGACUGUGCAAUAUUGGAGAAACGCGGUCUAGUCAAAGAGCCAAGCUCGUAUCGCAUCGAAACGAAUGUAUGAGUAAUAAAUAAUUGGAAUUAUUUUGUGGUGGCGCUUGAGCGCGCAAGAGCUGAGCUCACAAUGAUUUGAGGCGUUAUAUAUAGUACAUACAUACAAACCUACUUGAUAAUGCAUGUAUGCAGCAACACAUACAUAUACAUACAUAUACAUAUAAAUGGUAAGCGUAAAUGAUUAUGUCAUAAUACUAAUUAGGGGAAGGGCUAGCAGCUAGCUGGCAGUUGUUCCAUUGAUUACUAAUUAUAGGUAUCUGUUUCGUUUGCUUUUCCAUGUAAAUAUAUAAUGAUAACAGUAAUUAUUAAACAGUAGUUGUGUAGUUUAACAAAAAAUAAGAGAACUAACAGUUUAAUAUAUAAUAAUAUAUGGUUAUAUGUAUUGUACUAAAGUAGCGUGUAACAAAGGCGUUUUUUAAGUAAUCGCACUGAUCGUAUUUGAAUACCUUGUGACCAAAAAAUGUUUACAUACAUACAUAUGCAUACAAACGGACAUAUUACAACUAAUAUCUAUAGUAGCUCUUAAAUGUCUGCCAAGUUUAUUCAAAACAAAGUGGCUGGCGGGGAAGUGGAGGCAAAUUUUAAAAACCAAUUUCGCUUAAAUUGAGGUUAAAUUGAGAUUAUCGUCAGAAUUUGCAGCCAAACAUAUUGUUCAGAGAACCACCCAGCCUCUUAAGCGGUUACAUGGAUUUCACGACUGCAACAAUUUUUUUUUGUUGUCUUAUUAAAUUCUAUGAGAUCUCUAGAAUAUGGUCAUAAAUUUUCAAGUUAGACCGAGUAAUAGUUUUGGAGCUACAGCCUUGAAAAGUCGCGAG